AUGGAAAGUGAGAUUCCCUUAAAAGGUUAUUCAACGAAUAGUGAAGGUGCCAAUAAUAACAGAUAUGCAAAAAAAAACUCUUGGAAGCGAUUAAGAAGAUAUUUUCGCGAUUACUGUGAUAAUUCUAGUAUAAUUGGAUUUAAAUAUUUAGGAGAAAAACGGUCCAGAGGUGAGCGAAUAUUAUGGGCAAUCCUCAUCCUGGGAGCGACUAUUCUUUCGAUAUAUUACAUUAUGGAAAUUUAUUACAAAUACGAAGAAAAUCCGUUUAUUGUAAGUUUAGCCACGAGAGAAUCCCCGAUUUAUAUGAUUCCGUUUCCGGCAAUUACGAUUUGUCCAGUGGCGAAGUCUAGUGCAGCUGAUUUUAAUUAUACCGAAAUUGUUCAUAGAGUUUGGGAUGAAAAGAACUUAACAAAGGAAGAGACUGAGAAUGCUCAAUACAUGUCCUUAUUAUGUGAUGUUGACGAUGACGACUUCCUCGAUUAUUUUACCUACAACAAAACAUUUGACGACAAACAGUUUUUUGAUACCAUUACUUAUCUAAAGCCGACGAGGAGAGAACAAUUCUUCUUGUGCUUAUAUAUGGGAGAAUCAAUAGAAUGCAAUGAUUUUUUUAUUCCUAUAAUAACCGAUGAAGGAGUUUGUUACACUUUUAAUAUGCUAGAUCGGAAAGAUAUUUUUAAGGAUAAUGUGGUACACUAUGAUGACUACCAUCAAAUAGAUUUUAACAGGACUUGGUCGGUCGAAGAUGGAUAUCCAAAGAACUCUGGACAAGAUGUUUACCCAAGAAGAGCUUUACUAUCUGGUGCUGAUAAUGCUCUGCAGCUGUUUAUUACGCAGAAUAUCAAUGAUACUGACUACCUAUGUUUAAGCGAGGCAGAAGGUUACAGUGUUCAACUGCACACUCCGUAUUCCAUUCCUCAAAUGAAAAAAAUGUACUUCAGUGUACCUUUAGAUAGUUCAACAACCGCCCAAAUUACACCAAAUUUGAUGACGACGUCAGCGGAAGUAAAGGCUUAUAGAAUUAAAGAUAGACAAUGUUAUUUCAGCGAUGAAAGAUACCUGAAGUAUUUCAAAAUAUAUUCUCCAGAAAAUUGUAGAAUUGAAUGUUUAACGAAUUAUACUAUGGAUCAUUGUGGUUGUGUAAAUUUCUACAUGCCAAGAGACAACAGCAGUGCCAUCUGCGGAAAUGGAAAUAUUAAGUGUAUGCAAAAAGCUGAAAGAUUACAAAGAGAAGCAGAACUAGAUUAUAUCCUUGGUAUGGAGCCAGAAAAAGGCUGCAAUUGUAUGCCGCUUUGUACACAACUUUCAUACGAUGCGGAAACUUCUCGAACAUCUUGGAAAUGGAGGAAACAAUUUGCUGCGGAGAGAAUCGAAGAACGAUUUAGUGCAGAAGGAUUUGUAAACACUCAGCAUUUCUCUAGACUGACGAUAUACUUUAAAUCUGACCAGUUCAUCCCAAGCCAACGAAACGAGCUCUACGGCUUCUUCGAUUUUUUGUCGAACUUCGGGGGACUGCUAGGUUUGUUCACAGGAUUCUCGUUACUCUCGGCAGUCGAAGUAGUAUACUUCAUUAGCGUUCGACUGUGGUACAAUUACAAAAUGUACGGUGAUUAUUCUGGACCACCACCAAGAACCGAAGUUUAA